AACGUUGUUGUCGAAAGUGUUCUGAAUGUAGCUCUCCUGUAUCUGCGCAGAUGGUGCUUCCUGUGCAGAAGGAGACAACCUUGGAUUUAUUUGUGAUUGUUGUUGAGUAGCAUUUAAUGCUUUCAUUGAGGGGUGCAUCAGUUGUUAAACAGUAUAUUCCAUUGACGAAACACCGGCUUCGGGUUUUUACGAGCUAAAACGCGGACAGACUGAGACUCAUCCAGAUUAGUCAUGUCCCUGCCGAAAAUCUCAUGUGCGCCUGCAUCCAGGCUGCUGAGCUCCAUCCAUGACCUACGGUGGCUCCUACGCUCCGUCACACCUCUCUCCGUUCCCAGAAGAGCUUUGGUUCAGAGUGAGUACCGACGGCCCGGUCAACCCAGAGAGGACAAGCCCCAGUGGCAGAUGUUUAAGUUUGAUUUCUCUAAGGGUUUGGAGGGCAUAAAAAAGCACUUCAAACUGCUAAGGCAUGAGUUUUCUGGCCGCUUGGUUGGUCCAGAAGGUAAACCCAUCAUCGAACACAUGCUGGAGCAGAACAGGGUAAUAUGGGAGUUCAGAGGCCCUGACAGCCUUCAGGAGUGGACACUUUCCUCAGACAGGGAGAUUGGAGGCCAAAGUGAAAUUUACUUGAAGCUUGGAAGGAACAGCGACACCUGCUUUCUGUAUGGGACCCUUCAAAAUGCUCCUCCUAGAGAUGGGGAAACGCGCUACAGUGGAUAUUGCACCAUGCGCUCCAAGCAACCUCUGGCUUCCUUCGAUAGGAAAAAGCACUAUGACUGGUCGAGUUUCAAUACCCUCCACCUGCGGAUACGGGGUGACGGUCGCCCAUGGAUGAUCAACGUCGCAACAGAAACCUACUUCGCUCAUCAGAAAUACGACAUAUACAGCUACUUCCUGUACACCAGAGGAGGACCCUACUGGCAAGAUGUAAAAAUCCCGUUCUCCAAGUUCUUCCUUAAUAAUCAAGGGAGAAUACAAGAUGACCAGCAUCCUCUCUGGCUGGACAAGAUUAAUACCAUUGGGUUUACCCUUGGAGACAAAGCAGAAGGUCCCUUCCAGCUUGAAAUCGACUUCAUUGGCGUGUGCAAAGAUUAUGCACACACUGAGGACUUUGCAUACGAGGUGUACAAGAGGAAUCCUGAAGUUUAGGAAUUUCCAAAGCCCAGAACUUGAACGAUAUAUGCGGACUUGUGACACCUUCGAUAUGGAUUAUCGUCUGUAUACCUUGUGACCUCGUUUGGGUUUUUUUCCUGUAAAUUUAAAACAAUGUUUCUGAUCUUAGUAAAAUAAAUAUAUAAACCUCA